AUGGAACUGAUCGGUUCUAGUUCAAAUGCCCAGCAGAAUGAUUCUUCAAGGGGUUCGCAUGAUGCUAGCAAAAGUAACUUGACUGAGAAAGAAGACUUUGUAAACCCCGCUGAGAUAGCAUGGAAUAAAAUGAGGAAAGAGUGGAUUGGUGAUCAGUCAAAAAAACUACAGCGACCAUCUAAAGAUUCAGCUAUAUGCCUGACAGCAUGUUCAGACGACAUGCUUUUCUCUAGAGAACCUUUCUGUCCGCCUAUACCAUUACCUGCAAUGGUAGGCUAUUUUGUUAAAAUUUGGGAAGAGCAAGGUCUCUUUGAAAUAGCUAACAGGUAA